AUGGCCGCCGCCGCCACGUCCGCCACGACCUACUGCGGCGACUCGGCUCUCAACCUCACCUCGUACAACCCCGGCAAGGAGGCCAUCUUCCCCGUCUCGUCCGUGCUCGUCACGGGCCAGAAGGACGCCAUCCUCGUCAACGCGCAGUUUGGCAAGUCCCAGGCGCAGGCCGUCGUCGACCUCGUCAAGGCCAGCGGCAAGCACCUCACAACCAUCUACGUGAGCCACGGCGACCCCGACUACUACUUUGGUCUUGACACGAUCCACGCCGCGUUCCCGGACGCUGCCAUCGUGGCGACGGCGCCCGUCGUCGAGCACAUCAAGGAGACGGUCGCGGACAAGCUCAAGGCAUGGGCCGGUGCGCUUGGUGCGGACGCGCCGGCCACGACCAUCUUUCCGGAUGUCUUGACGACCGACAAGCUCACGCUUGAAGGCCAUUCGCUCGAGAUCCGCGGCCCCGCGGCCCGCAGCUACGUCUGGAUCGAAGACCUCAAGGCCGUCGUCGGCGUCAUCCUCUUUGAAUACCACUGCGGCACCUAG